UUCGUAACAUUGUUUAUUGCAUGUUCAACGUAAUAACAGUGAGCAAACAUGUCAAAUCUGUCAAAAUUAAAUUGGAAAAAUGAGAAAUUUUGAGUUUAAUUUAUGGACAAUAACCAAAGUGUUGACUCAAUCAUUAAUAAAAUCAUAGAUAAUGCCGAAUGCAAAGUAAGUACUUCUAACGCUCCAGGACCAAGUAAUUCAGGCGUAGAAGAUGAAGAAAUUGCUGUCAAUCAAACACAACCAGAACCCAACAAUCUUGAAACUUAUUUUUUAAAUACUAACCAAGUUGAAUUCAAUGUGGAACAUCCAGAAACUCUUAAGACUUUGUUGUUACAAGAAGCAAAUGACAAUGAUGAAACCAAAAAAUCUAAUAUAUCACUUAAUUUCAAGUCUGAACUUUUACACAUUCCAAGAAGAAGUGACAUUGCAGUUACAAGUCAUAGUAGAAUCCAUCAUGACGAUCUACUAUUACCUGAACCAUUACCAUCACAACUAAUUACUGCUCCGGAAGGAACUGAAAAUAUUGCCACGACUGUUUUAUACUCCGAUGAUAUUUCUUUUGCAAGCAGUGAAUCACUAAUCGCUACAGAUUCUAUGAAUCAAUCUGCACUGAAUAUUAAUGAACAUUCGGUAGAAUAUUGCUGUUCUAGACUUACAGGAAAAGAAAAUUCGUCUUCAGCAGUGGAACCGUGUACAAAUCAACCUCCACCGUACCAUGUUGCAAUGGCUAAUGAUACAGUCUCGGUUCAAUUAACACCUUCUGCAGCGCCGCCAUUGGUGUUGUAUAGUGCGCCGCCAUUACAAGGAGCACCGCCAACUUAUUCAGCGUUAAUGCACGUUGGCCCGCAGGAAAACACUUUAAAUAAUAGAGUAUUCUCGCGAAGAGAUGUGCAGAUUCAACCGUCGGCGCCUUUCAUUGCACCACCACCUCCUCCAUCCUACGCACAAGCUCAGGGUUUCUGUGUAGCACACCCUUUACAAUUUGCAGAUCCACAGGAUUCAAUUUGGAAUGCCGAACCUGUAACAAUCAUUUGUCCGUAUUGCAAUAAUUUUGUCGUAACAUCUCUCCGUUAUCGCCGCUCGAAUUUAACGCAUUACUCAGCAUUGGCUCUUUGUAUUUGUGGUUGUUGGCCAUGUUGCCUUCUGCCAUAUUGUAUGAAGAGCUGCAAGUGCGUCCACCAUGAAUGUCCAAUUUGUGCUAAUGUUGUUGGGAUUUACAGUCCUUGGCAAGUGGCCUAAAGAAUCAUCAACAUGUGCUAGAAUCAUAAUACAUUUACUGUAAUUUAUUA